AUGGCGCGAAACGGCGGCCAAUUCCUGACGGCCGACUCGUCGGAGCGUCGCCGUAUGCAAAUGCAAGGCUGGAACGAGGUGGCUCCGAUCGGGAUGUGCGUCCGCCAAAUGGGACAAUGCGGAGCUCGAUCUCCCCUCCUGGAGGCCCGCAAAAAUGCCGACGACUUCAUCUACAUGACCGACCGGGGAGAGUUUCAGAAAUUCCUCGCCAAAAACCGCGACUACCGCGCCUCGCCCCAGGAGGUCGUCUGCUGGAUUUGG